AUGAAGUCGAUUUGCACAUUUUGUGCUCUGGCCUUAGCCAGCAGUUUACUCCUAGUUAGUGGUGAAGACAAGAAAGAUGAAAAAGCUGAUAAAAAAGAUGUAGGAACUGUAAUCGGUAUCGAUCUUGGAACGACGUAUUCUUGGUAAGUACACAUCAAUUUGUUGAACCGGUACCUUCACUUGCUACCCUAAUCAAAGCUUCUUUUCGCGUGCAAAUCAUUUUAUUUACCAGUUAAAGACGCUUUAGAUUGUUUCUUUGACACUUGGUGGAAUAAAAUCCAUAUUUUCUUUGGUUUUUCUGACUUAAAGUGAGUUCCACCAUUUCAAACUUGGUUAAUUAGGUUAUUUGCAUUUUGGUGAUGGCUGCACUUUAAAUUUUCUGCAUCGCCAUUUACCUUGAUUAUUUUUUAUUAAAUCUGAGGAGUUCUUUGUCUUUUACAGUGUUGGUGUUUUCAAGAAUGGACGAGUUGAAAUCAUCGCAAACGACCAAGGAAACCGAAUCACUCCAUCUUACGUGGCUUUCACUCCAGAAGGAGAACGAUUGAUUGGUGAUGGAGCAAAGAAUCAGCUGACCACGAAUCCAGAAAACACUAUUUUUGAUGCCAAACGCUUGAUUGGUAGAACAUGGGACGAUAAAUCGGUUCAAAAGGAUUUGGAGUUUUUUCCCUUUCAAGUAAUCGAAAAGAACAAGAAGCCCCAUGUUCGUGUAAACGUGAAAGGAGAACACAAGACUUUUGCUGCUGAAGAGAUCAGCGCCAUGGUUUUGAGUAAAAUGAGGGUAAGAUAAAACAAAUUAUAAUUAUAACGAUCCGUUGUGCAGAGUUCCUUUUGUGCUAAGAAACGGUUUAUUGAAAGAGUUUAUAUCUUGAAUUAGAUUUUGAAUUAACUUGCUGGUGCUGUAUGUCAAUUGUAGUACUCACAGUCUCAGAGCAGGUAGUGAUGUCAUUGUUUCUGUAAACAAAAAAUAAAAAUUUGAUUAUGUUGGUUUAACUGAUUAGUUUGCCAGAUUUAAUGUGAACAAUUCAUACACCACUUUUGGGUGCAUUUGUUUGGAGGUAAAAUAGGUAGUUAAUCAUAAAACAUGCAGUUUUCUCGCUUGGUCUUGUUGUCCAAUUGUCUAUAGUCAACUCUAUCUGCAAGACAGAUACUAAGGACCUUUAGCAGGGAGGACGGCAAUGGCAAUGAAAAGGCAAAAAAAGUAAUUCUGCAUGCGCAGAACACUUUGUGAUGCAUUCUUUUACCAUCCCUGGAUGAUCACCCCAUGAAAUUUGCCAAUGUGACCUAUGAAGGUCGUAGACACACGAAAACAAAUUUUGUUUCUCUUUUUAAACUUGGGUGCAGUUCCCUAGGGUUCAAUUCCAGGGAAAUAAAGCUUCAUUUGUAAUUUUCAGGUUUUGGAAUAAAUGCAACAAGUUUGAAUAAAAUAAAUUCAUUAAAAUUGUAUUGCAAAAUGAGCUAUCUACUAUUAUAUUGGGACCCUUGGAUCAGCCCUAAGUGUCCCCAUCACAUAGAGUGGAAAAUGACAGGCACCAACUUUAGAUUUCCUUUUCAUCCAGCAGAGUGUUUGUCUUGAUUCAAAACUCCUGUUUGUUGCUUGUUACAAAGUUGUAGGACUCUGAUGAAGCAGGCUUUUUCUAUUUUGCCAGCCAGUACUUCUGGUUAGCUACUUCAAAUACAAUCUUUAUGGUAAUUAAGUCACUUUGUGAAAUCAUUCUUUUAAUAAUUUUUCCUACUCUCUGUUAAACAAAGUUUACUUGUUUUUUGUUUAGGAAAUUGCCGAGGCCUAUCUUGGGAAGAAAGUCACACAUGCUGUCGUCACGGUACCUGCCUACUUCAACGAUGCUCAGCGUCAGGCCACAAAAGAUGCUGGAACUAUUGCGGGUCUCACUGUAAUGCGUAUCAUCAAUGAGCCUACUGCUGCUGCUAUUGCUUAUGGUUUGGAUAAGAAGGAAGGAGAGAAGAAUAUCUUGGUGUUUGACCUUGGUGGUGGAACCUUUGAUGUCUCCCUUCUCACCAUUGACAAUGGCGUCUUUGAAGUAGUCGCAACAAAUGGUGACACCCAUCUUGGUGAGUCUUUUUGACUAGCUGUUUUUUAUCCCUUCUCUUUUAAAUUGUACUCAGGAAGAGUGUAAAGACUUCUUUCCCAAAAUUGCUAGCAUUUUGCUCGAGGUAGACUGAUUUGAAUGAUAACCGUCUUAACAAUUUUUUUGUGCAGAGGAGUGAGUGUAUUGGCCCCUCAACUGCCCAUGAUAAUCUCAUCCCUUUUGUCACUAGUGACGUCGAUCAUCAGUCUUAACAAUCACCUAAAAAUUUGACACCUGAUUUGUUCAGGUGGAAGAGAUUUUCAAACCAUAAUCAAAUGAGCACAGUUCACUCCAACAAAUCAUAGAAAAACGUGCCAAAAAAAAUCUCUAAUUAACCUGAAAAUUCCAGAGAAAAUCUUCUUCCACAACUCAUCUGAACUGCGAUUAAAAUAAUUUCAUGAUUCUGAAAGUUGUCCCAAAAAGUCUUUUUCCUACUAAAAUGAAGAAGUGGGGAUAAACUAAAGAGAACUCGUAAAAUGGUUAAAGAAGUUUGUACUGUUCUUGUAUUCUAGGUGGUGAAGAUUUUGAUCAGAAUGUCAUGACACAUUUCAUCAAACUGUACAAGAAAAAGACUGGAAAAGACGUGCGUAAGGACAACAGAGCUGUUCAAAAACUCCGACGUGAAGUUGAGAAAGCCAAGAGAGCCCUCAGCAGUCAGCAUCAGGCCAGGAUUGAGAUUGAAUCAUUUUAUGAUGGAGAGGAUUUCUCUGAAACAUUGACACGUGCACGUUUUGAGGAACUGAACAUGGUAAGGGCUUGGCAUGUUUCUGGUUAUUGUUGUUGGUGGUAGAUGUGAAAGAGGAAUAACUUUAAGCUGAAUUGAUUAAAAAUUAUUCUCUUUUAAUGGCAAUAACAAACUCACUACAACAUGAAAAAGUAUACCUGCCAACUCUCACGCCUGCGGGUUGAAAACUUCGAUCUCGCGCCUGCGGGCCAAUUUCUCACGCCUGAUUGAAAAAUGUGAGUUGUUGCCGUCCUGCUUGACACAAUUUCCAAAAAUAUGUUAACUCAGACCCAUGUAAGGAACGAAAACCAUGUGUAAAAUGAAUAAAUGGCAAUACCUUCCUCGCGAUCUCUGAUUUUUGAAGUGAAAAGCACUGAGAGCGAGCUUGCCUUUGGCAGACUUCGGCAGUCUUCGGAAGACUUCGGACGUCUUCGGAAGAAUUCGGACUUCUUCGGGAAUCUUCGGAAAUGAUCCUGUCGUCUUCAAAAAACCCAGUAUUCCCAGGAUAAAAAUCUCACGCUUAUAUCUCAGAAAAAGUUGGCAGGUAUAGAAAAAGGCAAGGCAAACUAGUUAUCCCCAUGAUUUAUUGGACAUUCAAAUUAAUUUAGAAUAGCAAAUGGAUUUCCCAGCUUAUUGAAAAUUGAAAACUAUGGUAUGUUUAGUGUCUGAAAACAAAAGACUGUUUUAUUUAUUUACACAAAUCAGUAUUACCUGUGGACUUCCAACAAUUCUUGCAAAUUUAGUUACCACAAUAUAGGCUCUUGACCCCCUGAAUCAUUUGUCUUUGGUAGCAAGAGGUGACAUUGUGGUAUGAAUACUGAGUAUUAGACCAUUUUCGGAAAGAAAAAACAAUCUUAAAUCAGUUAAAUAAGCGUUUUGCACUCCUCUAUAGACUUGACAGAGCGCUUCCUUGAGUAGUUCGUCAUCACUAAUUUUCAUGUGUUCGGAUCAUUUUUUCAGAAACUGUUCCGCUCAACUUUGGAACCAGUCAAGAAGGUUCUUCAAGACGCUGAUCUCCAAAAAAGUGAAAUUCAUGAAAUUGUCCUUGUUGGAGGGUCAACCCGUAUUCCUAAGGUCCAGCAACUUGUAAAGGAUCAUUUUGAUGGCAAAGAACCAAGCCGUGGUAUCAACCCUGAUGAGGCUGUGGCUUAUGGUGCCGCUGUCCAAGCAGGUGUCCUGGGUGGUGAGGAAGAUACAGGAGAGGUUGUGCUUCUCGAUGUUAAUCCACUUACUCUGGGUAUUGAGACUGUUGGAGGAGUCAUGACUAAGCUGAUCACUAGGAACUCUGUCAUCCCAACCAAAAAGUCCCAGGUCUUCUCCACUGCAGCUGAUAAUCAGAACACUGUUACCAUUCAAGUCUUCGAAGGUGAGCGUCCUAUGACCAAGAACAACCACUUGCUUGGAAAGUUUGACCUGACUGGAAUCCCGCCAGCCCCACGUGGUGUGCCUCAGAUCGAGGUUGCUUUUGAAAUCGAUGUCAAUGGCAUCUUGAGAGUGUCUGCCGAGGACAAGGGAACUGGAAACAAGGAAAAGAUCACUAUCACCAAUGACCAGAACAGGUUGACACCUGAAGACAUUGAGCGCAUGGUCAACGAUGCAGAGAAAUUUGCUGAUGAUGACAAAAAGGUGAAGGAACGCGUGGAAGCUCGAAACGAGCUCGAAAGCUAUGCAUACUCCUUGAAGAACCAGGUAGGAGACAAGGAGAAGCUUGGUGGAAAACUUUCCGAGGAUGAUAAAGAAACAAUCACCAAAGCCGUUGAAGAAAAGAUUUCAUGGCUGGACAAGAAUCAGGAAGCAGAUGUAGAAGAGUUUAAGAAACAAAAGAAAGAACUUGAGGACGUUGUGCAACCUAUUGUUAGUAAGUUGUACCAGGGACAAGGGGGAGGUCAGGAGGGAGGUAGUACUCCACCCGAAGAAGAGAAACCCGAUGAAGAGGAACAUGAUAAAGAUGAGCUUUAAGACUUAUUAUUAUGGUAGUAAAAUAACAAAGAACAAUUUGCACUUCCGUCACCACUCAGUGACGUGCAAUUUUUUAGGAAAUCAAAGAAGCACUUUGUCACAUUCUGACAGGCAUUGCUAAGUGGCUAUCGUCUUGUUAAUCGCCUACAUUGCGGGAAAAGUCAUUGUUUUCUGAUUGGACAUUAAGCCUAGCGAGAGCAGAAGGUGUGCGGUAAUAUAGUAUAGUGUACAGCCUAUUUGUAAAUGGCCGUUGCCUUUUUUUCUCAGCUCUUGUAGUAAAAACCCUUAUUCUCAACUAAUAUUUGAUCAUUUUCCGACUGAAAACCAUUGUUAUUUAUCCCAGCUCCCAAAUUCUGGAUUGCCAGAGAACUAGAGAAAAAAAGUUUUUCAUUAAUAAAAAUGAUAAUUUGAUAUCUUCUGUCUCAGCUUUCUGUUGUUGUAUUUUCUCCCGACUCCGCUUAUUACUCCGUCGCUUAGGAUCCGGUGAAAACCAGAAGCGGAAUAAAAAAACAAUCACAGCAACGCUCGCUCGUCGUGUUUGGUUGAGUUCUUGCGUUUUUCCGACUACUGUGGGUCACAAGCGACAGAGUUGUAAGCGGAAUCAAAACGUUGUUUUCACUGGAUCAUAACGCUCUGUGCUUAGGUUACGAGGACUCCGUCACCAGAGAAAUCCUAAGGGGUACUAU